CGGAACACCUUUAACCCAGAAGACGUUUGUACACGGAUUUCUCAUUUAGUACGUCGAUUCGUUUUCUUGAGAGAAAUGAAUCAAAACUUCACCAACACAUGCAUUACUAACCAACUGGAACCUUCGGCCCGCUUUGUGGCGUCGGCUGUCGUGUAUGGACUGGUUCUGGUCAUCGGUUUGCCGCUCAACACGGUGUCCCUGUGGAUCCUCCUGCGGAGUCAUGGGCUCCGGUCCCCGUGCGCGGUGCUGAUGGUCAACCUCGCCGCGUCCGACCUGCUUCUCGCGCUCUCCCUGCCGCUGCGCGUCUACUUUUACGCAACUCUCCAGUGGCCGUUAGGCGCGGUCUCGUGCGCCGGUGCCAUCAUGCUGUUCCGCAUCAACAUCAGGACGAGCUCCAUCUUCAUCACUUUAAUCAGCCUGGACCGCAUGGUCGCGCUGGUCUUCCCGCUGCGCUCCAGGUCUCUGCGCACCUCCGCGUGCGCCCUGAAGUCUUGCGCGCUCGUCUGGAUCCUCAUCACCAUACUUUCCAUCCCUGAGACUUUAAAAAUUCACGGCUCCCUGAAAAACUGUGCCCAUAUGCCGUGUUUUGAGUUUCAGGUGCAGCAAAAUGCCUCACAAACUCCUUCGAUUUUACAAGCGCUGUUUUUAUUAAUACUCCUGGUGGUCAAUGUCGUCUCCACGGUCGUGGUCGUGGUCGUGCUCCAGAGGCGACCAAACGCCGGCGCGACCAAAGUCAACAACAAAAUGAACGUUGUGCUUAUUUUUCUAGUAAACAUGCUGGUGUUUACUGUAUUUUUCUUGCCGUUUACUUUACAACUCUUGGCGUACAAGAAGGAUGAUUUUGACAGGAAAGUUUUACGGUCGCUGAUCUGCCUGGCGAGUGUCAACUGCUGCCUGGAUCCGCUCAUCUACUAUUUCUCCCUGGACUCAUUCUGGCAGGACAAGGGCAAAAAACAAACUGACGCUGGAACUUAUUCCCUCAGCAGGUCCAUGGAUAGGUCUUGACCAGCUGGAAAUACUGAGUAUAAACAAACCAAUAUAGUUUCUACGGAGCUCCUAAGGGACAGGCUAUACCUCUGAGGGGGAUGAAAAUGUUUCUUAAACAUUCCAGAAGGAAAAUUCCGUUCACUCUCGUAUAGUCAUAAACAUAUAUUGUUUAUAUAGUUUUCCUUUGACUUGCACCAUGGUUUUACGAGAGAACGGUUAUAGUACGAGUAGCCCCCGGUUUCUCGGUAUAACGCUUAAUGUAUUCAUUUGGUUUUAGCACAGAUGUUUCUUGAUGCAUUAGCGUUUGGAUGUGA